CCAAGGUCACGGUCCAUUUGAAGGAGUACUACACUUUCAAAUGGGCCGCGGCCCGUGACGAUGUCCCGGUGUUCUUCUCCCCCUCGUGGCUGACCCCUCUGGAGAAUGCUUUCCUCUGGAUGACGGGGUGGAGACCCUCCGUGGUGCUGAAGCUCUUGGAGAAUCUGAAGAAGCAGGAGGCUCUCAUGCUGAAUGAGGAGCAGAACAGGAAGACUCACGAUCUGAGGGUGAGGAUAAGCAUGGAGGAGGAGAGGGUGGAGGCCGAGAUGGAGAGGCUCCAGAUGGCCUUGGCUGGCCGCAAGAUGGUGGAGCUGGCCAAGCUGUCCAGCAAUGGUGAUGGUGAUGCUGCUGCCGUGGACAUGGCGCUGAAGGGGGUCCUCGCGGGGCUGGAGAGGGUCAUGAAGGCUGCUGAUUGCGUGAGGCUCAAGACACUCAAGGGGAUCUUGGAUGUGCUCACUCCCAUGCAGUGUGUCGACUUUCUGGCGGCAAAUAUUGCCAUGCAGCUUCGCCUCAGGGAAUGGGGCAUGAAGGACAUGAAUGUCAACCAGGACAACAACUGAAACAAUCCUACUACCUACUUAAAUAAAUGUACAGCUUUUAGGCUGAGUUAAAUAAUCAAGUUGUCCAGUUUAUGCGCUGCGGUACUAGUAGUAAGUACUACUCUAGUGCUCUAGCAGUUUGUUGUUUGUCAGUUUAAUUUUCUUUAUCGCAGUGUAAGAAAAGGAAAGAAAUAGUACAUGAAUGUAUGCAUGCUAUCAUUUCUCUCCUGUAAAAUAAUAAAAGUUGUUGUUUCUUUGGUUA